AUGGCUGUUAAUAACUUGGUUAUGAUCUUGGCACUGGCUUUGGCCUUUGCCGGAGCUGUUGAUUUUGGUUUUUCAUAUGACCGACCGCCGCGCCGGAAGUCUCUCUCUGAACCACUCAUGAAAGAUCUUUAUGAACAGGAUCCAGCUUCUCCACAACAGGUGCACAUAUCUUUGAGCGGUACAAACAAAAUGAGAAUAUCUUGGAUUACUUCUGAUGACACACCAGCUAUUGUCAAAUAUGGUACAUCUUCUGGAGACUACAAGUUUUCAGCAAAAGGGAGUACCAAUGUGUACCACUAUUUUACUUAUAAUUCUGGGGUAAUACACGACGUUGUCAUUGGCCCUUUGAACCCAGACACUGUGUACUACUACAUUUGUGGCACAAAUUAUUCCCCAGAAUUCUCCUUCAAAACUCCACCAGCAAGUUUUCCUAUCAAAUUUGCAGUCUCAGGUGACCUAGGACAAACCGAGUGGACAAACUCGACACUUCAACACAUUGAGAAAUCAAACUACGAUGUUUUGUUGUUGCCUGGUGAUUUGUCUUACGCGGACAUGUACCAGCCGUGGUGGGACACAUUCGGGCAAAUUGUUCAGCCGAUGGCAAGUAAACGUCCCUGGAUGGUUACGCAAGGUAACCAUGAGAUUGAAGAAAUCCCUGGAAUCCAUCAGGAGCCCUUCACAUCGUACAAUGCGAGAUGGGUUAUGCCAUAUGAGGAGAGUGGCUCAUCUUCUAAUUUAUUCUACUCUUUUGAAGUUUCUGGUGUUCAUGUCUUAAUGUUGGGUUCGUAUACUGAAUUUGGGCACGAUUCCGCACAGUAUAAUUGGCUGCAAGCCGAUUUGAAAAAGGUGGAUCGGAGAAAAACACCGUGGCUAAUUGCCUUGAUACAUGCUCCGUGGUACAAUUCUAAUGAAGCUCAUCAAGGAGAAUAUGAAUCAAUUGGCAUGAAAAGCUCCAUGGAAGAUUUGCUCUAUAGGGCACGAGUCGACGUUGUCUUUGCAGGACAUGUACAUGCCUAUGAACGAUUUACGAACGUCUACAAGGAUCAAGCCCACCAAUGUGGUCCGGUGCACAUCACAAUUGGUGAUGGAGGCAAUCGCGAAGGCCUUGCCACGAAAUAUAUAAGCCCACAGCCAAAAAUAUCCGUUUUUAGGGAGGCAAGUUUUGGUCAUGGGGAGUUUGAGGUAGUAAAUGGGACCCAUGCACAGUGGACGUGGCAUCGGAACCAGGAUGACGUGGCAGUUGCAUCCGAUGUUGUCUGGUUAGCAAACCUUGCAUCUGUUUCAGCUUGUUAUAAAGUGUGA